AUGCUGUCGACCUGUCUCCGCACUCGCGGCCGACCACAGCCGUAUCUGCAUCUACAACUACUCCGCAACCGCUACAAGUCUACAAAGACUUCCCUACGAACCAACCCCUUAGGAAUUCAACUCCUCCCGCACAGAGUCCACAAUGCGCUUUUCACCGCCCCUCCUAAAAAGCCCUCCCCCGAUCUUCUAAAACUCUCAAAAGAGCAUCUCCAGCGCCAUAACCUCCUCUCAAAACCACCGAGCAGACCAAAGCCGGUGGUGUUCCCACUACCAGCGCUCGCUGGGAAUUCCCUCGAUGAGCACUUCUACAAACUCGGUAUGGAGGCUGCUUUUCCGUAUCAUGAUCUCGCGCGUGGGUUUGCCGCCGUUGACGUACCGCGGAUACCCAAGAAGUGGGUGCACAAGUCGGGGUGGACCAAGUACUACUCAGACGGACGAACAGAGGCGGUAGAGUCACCGGAUGAGGAGUGUCUAGUAUUUGAUGUGGAAGUCCUGUACAAAAUAUCUCCGUUCGCAGUCAUGGCAACCGCCGUGAGCCCACAUGCGUGGUAUGCAUGGCUCUCGCCGUGGGUUCUGGGUGAAACUAAGGACGAUCGGCAGUUGAUUAGCCUGGGAGAUCCGAGCAAGGCCAGAGUAGUGGCCGGACACAACGUUGGUUUCGACAGAGUACGGGUGAAGGAAGAGUACAAUAUAGCUGGAACGCAAACAAUGUUUCUAGACACGAUGAGUUUGCAUGUCGCUGCAAAUGGAGCCACGUCGAAGCAGAAGAAGGGAUUAAUUAAAAAGAAUGCCGAGGGGGGUCAACGUAAUGAUGAAGGCUUCGUAGUGGGUGAGAGUUUGGAGGGUAGCGGGCAUUGGACUGGACAGAGCUCUCUAAAUAGCUUAAAGGAUGUGGCCUUGUUUCACUGUGGGAUCAAGAUGGACAAGAGUAUCAGAGAUCAAUUUGGAACUUUGGAUCCAGAGGGCGUGAGGGAACAGCUUGACAAUCUAUUAACAUACUGCGCCGAGGAUGUAGUGGCCACACACAAAGUCUAUAAAAAAGUGCUCCCAGCCUUCCUCGAAGUCUGUCCGCAUCCCAUCUCCUUUGCCGCCCUUCGUCACCUCUCAUCCUGCAUACUCCCCGUCAAUCGCGGCUGGGAAUCAUACAUCACAAACGCUGAAGCAACCUACCACCGCCUCUCCGAUGCCGUUCUCCAGCGCCUCGUCGAUCUCGCGGAAGAAGCCGUGAAACUGCGUAAAUCUCCCGAGAUAUACAACGCCGAUCCGUGGCUUCGGCAGCUCGACUGGUCCGGGCAGGAGGUCAAACAACUCAAGACCAAGCUGUCAGAUGACCCCCCACGCGUGAUGCCGCGAAAGAAGCCGGGCAUGCCUAAAUGGUACAGGGACCUAUUCGCCACCAGUGAUGCCUCAAUGUCACUCACUGUGCGUACUCGCAUUUCACCACUACUUCUCAAGAUGGCGUGGGAUGGACAUCCCCUCUUCUGGUCCGACGAACACGGGUGGUGCUUCCGCCUCUCGAAGGUUCCCUGGAAGGGCCGGAGCGAGCAGAAUAUUGAGCAUGAUAUUGAGAGAUAUGAAAAGUCGCUCACUAGGGUGCAGGUGGCAGAAGAUACCGAUGGCGCCUACUAUAAGCUUCCGCAUAAAAGCGGCCAGUCAUCGCGGUGUGUCAGCCCGCUGACGAAGAGCUACCAGCGAUAUUUUGACUCGGGGGUGCUGUCAUCAGAGUAUGCGCUUGGGAAGGAGGCGCUCGAUAUGAACGCGCAGUGCGCAUAUUGGAUCAGUGCCCGCGAGCGCAUUAUGGAGCAAACUGUCGUUUGGCAGAGCAACCCUGGUGUCGAUUUCGGUAUCCCCACCGCAGAGGGAAGCCAGGAGGUUGGAAUUAUACUCCCAAAGGUAGUGCCUAUGGGAACAGUCACUCGGCGUGCCUCAGAGUCAACAUGGCUUACUGCUCCAUCUCCAACUCCUCAGCGUGUCGGCAGCGAGAUCAAAGCAAUGGUCAAACCUCCGCCCGGUUAUGUAUUUGUAGGCGCAGACGUCGAUAGCGAGGAGCUGUGGAUCGCGUCGCUGGUCGGCGACGCAGUAUUUGGCUUUCACGGUGCAAACGCACUCGGCUCCAUGGUGCUCGAAGGAAACAAGGCCGACGGUACAGACAUGCACUCGCGGACUGCCAAUCUUGUUGGCGUCAACAGGGACGGCGCAAAAGUCAUCAACUACUCCCGCAUCUAUGGGGCUGGCUCGCACUUUGCAGCAAUGACAUUGGUGCAACUAAAUCCGGCGUUGAGUGAGCUGGAUGCAACUGUUCUCGCGGAGGAUAUGUACAAAAAGACCAAAGGCACCCGCACCCGUAAGCUGACCGUCCAUGAACGUGGAUUCUGGCGUGGAGGUACCGAGAGCUUCGUAUUCAAUAAACUUGAGACAUUUGCGGAGCAAGAGACGCCAAAGACACCUGUGUUAGGCGCUGGCAUUACGCAGGCACUGAUGCGGAAGAACCUAUCUUCUCGGGAGUUUAUGCCUAGCCGCAUCAACUGGGUUAUGCAGAGCAGCGGUGUGGACUACCUUCACAUGCUCCUCGUGGCGAUGGAGUAUCUGACCAAGCGUUUCAAUAUUUCUGCACGCGUUGCGCUAACUAUCCACGACGAAGUGCGCUAUCUCUGCGCAGAGGCCGACAAGUACCGGUGCGCCAUGGCGCUCCAGGUGGCCAAUCUGUGGACACGCGCGAUGUUCAGUGAGCAGAUGGGAAUCAAUGACCUGCCACAGUCGGUGGCAUGGUUCUCAGCGGUCGAUAUUGAUACGGUGAUGAGGAAGGACGUUGACAUGGAUUGCACCACACCAUCUCACUCGACUCCCAUACGGCAUGGAGAGUCACUCAACAUCAUACAGCUCCUUAGCAAAGGUAAUAAGGCGAGGUUAGAUCCGUCCAUAGUGCCAAGGUCACAGAUCGGUUUGGAGCGAUGGAGUUAUAAAAAGAGGCAGCCGGUCAUGGACUUGUACAGGGCCGAGGAUACGGAAGUAUAUGUAAAGGCGCAGAUCCUGGGGGGUGACAAGGAGGAGCUGCAAGCAUUUUAUAAGGCUGAGGAUAUAACUACGAAGAAAAGGGGGAAGAAGUCUGAAAAGAAGGGUGAUGCAGUGGAGACCGAGAAGCCUUUGGGGGCGGUUGAGAUGGAUAAGCCUUUGGAGGAGGUGGAGACAACGCUGCCGCCUAGCUUGGAGAACUUGAUCGAGCAGGAGGUUGUAGAGCCGUCACCUAUCUUGGAACAAUCACCCAUCGUGGAGACGCCGCCUCUCGUGAAGAAGAAAAAACAAAAGCAACCAUCAGUAGCAAAGAAGGAACGGACAGCACCCAACCCAGAUGUAACGGUUCCCUAUAAGCCAGUAAGCGACGUUAAGAAUGGGAAAAAAGGCAAACCUUCUGAAGAGGAAUUGAAUACGGCACACACAGAAAAUGUAAUGGAGGGAGCACAAAAGCUACUCGAACAGAUGCAAAAGAAUAUUUUCGAAGUUUUUAACCCACCGCCACCACCAGAGCCUUUCAUCCCAAAAAAGGUCAGGGGGAAGGACAAGGUAGAACUGGUAGAAUCACUACUUCUGCCUCAUCCGAAGCCUCGCGAGCUACUUCCGCCUCAUCCAAAGCCUCGAGAGGUUCUGGAAAUAAUGCCCGAACCGCAUCCUUUAAAUCAUGCUGCACCGUUAAAGUUGACGAAAGCUGAAAAGAACCAGGCAAAGCGAGAAUUAGCUAGACAGGUGCGCUUGGUUAGGCGGAAGAAGAAAUUCGAGCAAGACAGGGAUCGCGAUAUAAUUGCUACGAGUAUAGGCCUACCAACAAAAAGGGAAAUAAUCCUAAUGAAAGUAGAGACCCGGGCAAAGAAGAAGUUGGUGCGAGAGCGGCUAGAGAGGGUGGAGCAAACACUUGUAGCGUCAAGAGACCUUCUAAACCUUAUAAGUGUCGAGCUUAAAGGCUCUCCGGCACUGGAGGUUCUAGAGGAAACCCUCCCGAACAAACAGAUGGUCAGGAAGAGACAAAACAGGAUCAGAGAACUACAGUGCAAGGUGAAGAAACGAGGCCCUCUUGGGCUCACGGAUAAAGAAGCAUGGGAGUUGGGGGAACUCAGAGAGCUGGAGCUCCUGACGACCUUGGGGCACUCGAAGAGAAAGGAAAUGAGGAAAGAGCAGCUGAAGGCGAAGAGGAUUGCAAAGCAGGAAAAGAGAGCGGCGUUGAAGGCCCAGGUUCUUUUGGCAAAAGAGUUGAGGAAGGCGAAGAAGAAGGAAGAGGAAAUGAUCAAAAAGCGCAAAAAUCGCAAAGAUUGCGGGGGGGGGGCUUUCGGGGGGUACGGCGGGAUAGGAGGAUAG